GCGUUGCGUCAUCUUCCCGCGACGUAAUUUCAUUUUGUAAACAUUGCAAGAAAUUUACGUGUGGAAACUCAUGGAUAAUCUUGUAAAGGUGCAUGGAGGGGGCGGCUAUGACUCUGAUUUCAGUGAUGAUGAAGGGCAGGGAGAGCCCUCAGAGAGAGGACUUAAAAGGAAACGUGAGGAGGAAAUCUUACAGAAGCCUUUCCAGAAAGGUCGACACUCACAGGCGGCUCAUCGAAGUUUCCACUCCAAUGAACUGGACAGAGAGGAAGCAAGGAACAGAAGAGCCCACCUGAUAUCAAUGAAUGCUUUUGAGCGUCAUAAGAAAUUUGUUGCUGACUACAUUCUUUAUUAUGGAGGACAGAUGGCUGACUUCAGACGCUCGGGAGCCAGUGACAAGACAGAUAUGGAUGUGCUGCGUGAGAAUCAUCGCUUCCUCUGGAGGGACGAGGAUGAGGAUGACAUGACAUGGGAAAAAGAACUUGCCAAGAAGUAUUAUGACAAGCUGUUUAAGGAGUACUGCAUCGCUGAUCUCAGCAGAUACAAGGAAAACAAGUUUGGAUUUCGAUGGCGCACAGAGAACGAAGUCAUCAACGGCAAAGGUCAGUUCCAGUGUGGAAAUAAACGUUGUGAGCAGCAGGAAGGCUUGAAAAGCUGGGAGGUGAAUUUUGCUUACGUGGAACACGGCGAGAAGAGAAACGCAUUAGUCAAACUCAGAGUGUGCCCUGAAUGCUCUUUAAAACUCAACUACCACCACAAGAGGAAGGAGGUAAAAGCAAAAACGAAGACUAAAAGGUUAUCUGAGAACACGGAGCCACCAAAGAAGAAGAAGAAGAAGAGGAAGCGAGCGUCUUCACACUCAAAGAAGCACAAACAUAAAGACAAACACAAAAGGCACCGAGAUCGCUCCUCCUCUUCCAGCAGCUCAGAGAAGUCACAGAACUCGGACAAAGACUCUGAAGCUGGAGAUGAGCGAGGAGACCAAUCAGGAGCCGACCACUGGCGCGGACCUGCCCCUGCAGUGGAGGAAAAGUCAAGGGAAGAGGAGUUUGACGACUACUUUGAAGACAUGUUUCUUUGACUUCGAGGGUGUCAGCUGCCUGCUGUGAAUACACUGCCGUCUGCGCCUGUCUGACAUUAAACGCUGUUGUGUUUGACUGUAUGAUUCAUGUGUCUUACAGAAAUAAACCUAAUGUUUACCUUGUA